AUGCCCACGAUGUCAACGGACAUUCGGGCGCCCAUUGGACUUAUUGGACACCUCCGGACCAACUUCAAAACCGGGACUGCACCAACCGCCGUCUCUCCAUCCACCUCUCCUAUGUCACCAACUAACGCCGACCGCCCUCCCGGACCGUUACUGCCACUCUUCUUCGUCUUAUUCUUCGUCUUCUUCUUCUUCUUCUUCUUCUUCUUUCCCUUCCUCUCCUCCUCCUCCUCCUCCUCCUCCUCCUCCUCCUCCUCCACAACUGGAAUCUGCUUGCUUUUUCAUGAUUGGUGGUCGUUUUAG